GUUGCCUUGGAAGGCAGUGGGCCAAUCAAAACCGCACUCCGAGACGUCACGAGGACAGCUUGACGAGCUGAUUGGUGGGAGCGGGGAGGGGGGACAGCCCCUGUCCUUUUAUAGACGACCCCGUACAGCGCGUAAAGGCUACUGGCCACUGCCGACAGCUCAGAGACGCGUAUUGGACACUGUACACCUCAGCAACUCCAUUCCUCUGAACGGGCCGCACGGAGGUGCAUGGCCCCAUCCCCCUGUAUCAUGAUGAAUCCUGUGCAGGGGCCGCCGUCCCAAGACGUCAAACAGCUUCAUCAAAAAGAGGAGACGGACACGGAGGGAGAGGAACUUCAGCCCAAAGACAUGACCACAGAGAAAGGAUACAAACUCCAGCGGAGCAGCCUCCCGUUUAGCGUCGAGUCGCUGAUUUCCAAGAAGACCACCUGUCGGACUUCUUAUUCCGCCUCAGAUUUGGCUCUGGCUCUGCCGAAGCCCGUGGCCGGGCAGGGCGGCGCGCACUUCUCUCCAAGAACUCUUUACUCGGAGAGCAAAGUUUCCGCCGAGAGCCCACAGGGUGUUUCCAGUAGCUCCAGCGAGGACAGUCCGCAGUUUUGUGAGAAAGAUCAGAGCACUUGGUUCCAGACGUCCUCCUUUUCCACUCCGCCUCGGAGCUCGAGUCCAACUCAGUGUACUUUAAGGAAACACAAAAACAACAGGAAACCUCGCACGCCCUUCACUACCUCGCAGCUGCUGGCGCUGGAGCGCAAGUUUCGCCAGAAGCAGUACCUCUCCAUCGCCGAGAGAGCCGAGUUCUCCAACUCUCUCAACCUGACGGAGACGCAGGUCAAAAUUUGGUUUCAGAACAGGAGGGCCAAAGCCAAGAGACUGCAGGAGGCCGAGCUGGAAAAAUUUAAACUGGCCUCCAAGCCCGUCCUGCCAGCCUUCGCGUUGCCGUUCCCCCUCGGAGCGCACAUGGGGUCUCCGACGUGGGGACCGUCAAGUGCCUUCCCGAGGCCCAGUCUGCCGGUCCCAGGACUGUUCAGUGGACCAGUCACUUAUGGGAUGUACUAUUUGUCUUAGUAUUACUGUGGGCGUAUUCGUGGUUUAAGAGAAAAAAAAAAUAUUCUGUCAUGGUUGCAUUUAUGAACGAGGAUGAUGCGUUUUUCUACAUCUAAGAAAAUAUUUUUUAUAUUUUCAGUUCGGAGAGAAAUUUUCUUAUCUCCAGAAUAGAAAACGAUUCAAAUUUGGGACUCAUUUUGACAUAUAACUGUGCAAAUUGGACUGAGCGAGUUUUCUUGCUGUGCUCAUCUUAGGACAGCGUCCAGUUCUGCGGAUUGUGGAGUCACGGGCCUAAAUUACUUAGGCGACGCUCCAAAAGCAAAUGUCAACUUUUUAGACGACAUGCCUCAAAUAUCUGAUUCCAGCGCGUCCGCCACCCUCCACAGUAGUUUGUGGAAAUGGACAUUUAAAGUCUGUCCAGACAUCAAGGCAACGAUCCAUUGAGGCGGAGUUAAAGUGUUUGAAAGCAACAGAAAAGUACUUAAACGGUGUCAGUGCCUUAAGAUCGGUGGAUCACUUGAAGUAUUUCUCCUCACUCAGCCUAUACGGUUUCCCAGAAGUGCUGUUUGAAUAUUAUUUCCUUGCAGGGGUUCAUGUCACGAUUUCUAUAUUUGUAAACAGGGGUCAAGAUUAUAUUUUACAAAAAUUCAUGUAUUAGAUAUACUUUCGUUUUUUUUUUACUCACACAACGUGGCCUUGAUGGGGGUAAUAAAAGGUUUCUCUCUGAGGACCUUUGCUGUAAAUGUAAAUAAAAUGUGUAGUGUUCAUAAAGCCCUGCAGCCUGACGUGAAGAGCAGCAGGAAAAGUGGUAUUUAUUGAAUAUGUUUGUAUCUGUACUGUGUACAUACGUCACUCUAUCUAAAUGUUCAGUAACUUGUAAAAACCGAUUUUAGUAAAUAAACAUUAUACAAA